CACCGCAGCGACUGCAGAUUUUACAUGUUACGUCGGAAGGAGUCGUGGGAGACACGGGGCGGAAUCUGGCGGGAGGAGAGAGAUGGAGACCCGGCGUGCAGAAGCUGAUCAGGGUUAGCCUAACCCUAACCAUUGCCUUUACAGUUUAAGAUUUUUUUCAGCCCGGUGUGCAGAUACAACCUGUCGGUCAUCCCUUUUUUAUGGCAGCGUUUCCUCAGAGAAUGACAACCUGGUGAAUGCAGACAGGAUGGAGUAAAACACUGGGCAGUGCUAAACACGCGCAGGAUGCGCAUCCCCAGCAGAUCUGGCUGUCUCUCUGCCGUCGCUUGUCAAACAUGUUCCUCGGCGCUCGUGUGGAUUGAUCGCUCCCUUCAUCGCCCUCCUGCUGCUGUUGGAGUAUAAUGGAGAGCUCUAAGGGCUCUGGCAGCAGCGACACCAAACCGCAGAACCACCAGUUGGAGAAGAAGAGGUUGAACCGAGCGCCUUCCCCGGCCAGACCUUUCCUCAAGGAUGUGCACUCCCGUGCCACAAAACCUUCUGCCAUCCUCCCGAAAUCCCCCAAACUCAAGCAGCAGCAGUCUGCCUCAGUGAACCGCAGCUCCAGACGCACCACGGCGGCCAGAGAGAAACCAGCCGCCGUGAAAAGUAACAUAAAGCCAACUGUUGCGAAAAACACCUUAAAGGUGCCCCAGCAUGGAGGAGCAGUAGAGGCCAAAACUGUGGUGUCCAAACCAGACAGCAGCGCCUGCAGCAGCCCGAUCCUCACUAAAGGCAAGAAGGGGAAACUAGUCCCUCCAGGCCCUCGUCCUCCUCCGCCUCCUCACACCCAUGGAUCCCCUAUCCGGGUACCGACCGGAGCGACUGUCGGCCGCGUCAGCCACACCGACAGCGGCUCGGACCUGUCGGACUGUCCCUCCGAGCCGCUGUCAGACGAGAACAGGCUCGCGCCGGCAGCCAGUAGCGACGCGGAGUCUGGUACAGGCUCCAGUGACAGGGAUCUGCCAGCAGCUGAUAAUCCGCAUCGGCCAGAAGCGACAGGAGCGUCCGCUUCUCCUCCUCCUCCUCCUCUUCCUCCCGCUGCUGCUCUUCUGCGCCCAGCAGAACCAGCAAGCAUCAUGUCUCAGGCUCGACCCGCUCCUGCAGAGAAACACAAGCAGGACAAACCCGCAACAAGCGCACAAUCCAAACUGCCAGGCACCAGGGAUGUGACCGAAGAGGACCUGCUGAGGGAGAUAGAAGAUCUGAGAUCUGAAAACGACUACCUCAAGGACGAAGUGGACGAGCUGCGAGCGGAGAUGGAGGAGGUGCGCGACAACUACCUGGAGGAGGAGGUUUACCAACUGCAGGAGCUGCGGAGGGAACUGGACCGAUCCAACAAGAACUGUCGCAUCCUGCAGUACCGUCUACGGAAGGCCGAGCAGAAGAGCCUGCGUAUUGCACAGACGGGACACGUGGAUGGAGAGCUUCUCCGUAGUCUGGAGCAGGAUCUGAAAGUGGCCAAAGACGUGUCAGUGCGUUUGCACAACGAGCUGGAGAGUGUGGAGGACAAACGCAGCCGAGCUGAGGAUGAGAACGAGCUGCUCAGGCAAAAGAUCAUCGAGGUGGAGAUUUCCAAACAGGCACUGCACAAUGAGCUGGAGAGGACGAGGGAGAGUGUUCUGAGGAGACGAGGAAGCAGGGAAACGUUUAAAGACAAGAAAUCUACAAGUCAGGAGGAUAGUGCAGACCUCAGGUGCCAGCUCCAGUUUGCCAAGGAGGAGUCUAGCCUAAUGAGGAAAAAGAUGGCGAAGCUGGGCCGGGAGAAGGAUGAACUGGAGCAGGAGCUGCAAAAGUACAAGUCCGUUUAUGGGGACGUGGACAGUCCACUACAUCUGGCUGAAUGCUCCGGCGGAGGCCCGCACACCACUCGAGAAGCUGAGCUGCGAUUGCGACUCAAGCUGGUGGAAGAGGAGGCGAACAUCCUGGGCAGAAAGAUAGUGGAACUGGAGGUGGAGAACCGCAGCCUGAGGGCAGAAAAUGAAGACAUCCGGUGUCAAUACGAAAGGGACUGCUUUGGGCGAGAACCGUUCUCCAGCAUGCCUUCAUCGCCGUAUGGCGGUGACGCACUGGAAUCGGCCAGUGAGCUCCGUCGCCAUCUCCAGUUUGUGGAAGAGGAGGCUGAGCUCCUGCGUCGUUCCAUCUCAGAGAUUGAGGACCACAAUAGGCAGCUGACAUCUGAACUCAAUCGCUUCAAAUUUGGCCCCAGUAGCAGUUCAGGGCCUGUUGGUGAGGAAGGUGGUGAAGUUAUAUUGUUUAAACCAGGUAAUGGUGGAAACGGGAAUGGUUACACUGGCGGGGUGAUGGUGGAGGAGCUUAAGUCAGCCAGGAUGCAGAUCAAUGAGCUGAGCGGUAAGGUGAUGAAGCUGCAGUACGAGAACCGCGUCCUCAUGUCAAAUGUCCAGCGCUGUGACCUGGCUGCACACAUUGGCCUACGCACUGGAAGUCCUCGAGACAGCGAUGCAGACAGCGACGCAGGGCGACGAGAGGGUGCUGAAGAGGAAGAGACAGGGCGACUUCUUCUUCUUCAUCCUAAAAGAGAAGGUCCUGUUGGAGGUGAGAGUGACUCUGAAGACAUGUUUGAGAAAACAGCCACCACCUCAGGGUUCGGAAGCAACAAACCAUCAGAUGGAAGUGAGGUCAGUGCUACUGAACUGGCCCUUCGCAGGAGGGAAGAGCGGGAGUCAUUCAGUAAUGUGAAAAGAGAGGCGGAAAGGCUGGGAAAGACAGUUGACCGUCUGAUUACGGACACUGACAGUUUGAUCUUUGAGGGCAGACUGAUGGUGACGACAGGAGGGAGCCUGGAGGGAGGAUCAGUGUCAGGAUCCAAACCAGAUACCCAGGUCUUGGACACCAUCAACACCCGCAUGAAGGCUUUCCGCACUGAGCUCCAUAUCUUCAUGGAGAAUCUGGAGCAUGUGGGAGAGGGGCUGAGAGAAAGGACAGAUGACUUAUCACCCAUGCCAAACCUCACAGAGUCCAGCAGCUUCAUGUCCUCAGUCACUUCCAUGUCCCGCGACUCUCCGAUUGGCACCUUUGGAAGAGACCUGGCAUCAGACUUCCAGUCCGUUCAGAGGGAUGAGCUGGAGUGGCGUCUAGGACAGGAGCGAGGUGUGGAGCCCCAAAGCCAGAGCCAUGGUGGGGGUCAGGCCCAAAGCAGGGGAGCCACAGGAUUCACUAGGUACCACAGGCCCCUGGCUUUAAGAGCAGAGCUCCGGGACACUCCUGUUUCUGACAUCCAAUUUCGUCUUGAUCACGAACGAAGGCUUAGGGCACCAACGGAAGAAAGGGAGGUUGUCGUCUCUCAGCCUCAGGAAAAUGACUUGUUGCGUCUCGAGGCUCAGCGUGCAGGUCUGGAGCUGCAGGGUCUGCAGAGUCAUGACGUGCCCUGGACACAGGAGAGGACUUUGCUGCAACAAGAGGUUCGCCUGUUCAGACGCAACACCAUCAUCUUUUACAUGAAGCUCAGGUGGAUUCUUAUGCACUGGAGGCUCAGCCGCAAAGACUACACAAGGGAAGAGGCGGGGCAUCCAGAGUUUGAAAAGAUGGAGGGCAUUCCAGAGUUGGGAGUGAUAAUGGAGCAUGUCGAGGGGGAGUCGGACCAAGAUGACAAACUGUGUCUACCAGCAACUCUGGGGGAAGUCAUGGACUCCAGCUUCACCAUCCCUCUGUCGUCCCCUGAUCAACACCUGCGGCAUCAAAGAGAGUUGGGGGAAAACCGUCGCGUGCUGCAGGCCAUGCGAACGCUGCUGGAAGAGUUUCAAGAAGAGCUGCGGGAGGAUGAGUCCUGGCUCUGGCAACUCCAGCAGUCGUAUGCCAAUGACAAAGCUGCCUGGGAGGUCAAGUGGGCAGAGAUGAAGUGCCAGGUUGCACAGUCGGAGGAGAAGACACGAGGCCAAGCACAGGGGGGUGAAGGGGAAGCAGAUCCUGAGUGGGCCUUGAAGCAGGAACGUGAGGAGCAACGGCGUCUGCUGGCUGAGAGUCACAGCACCUCACUGGAUCUUCGCUGGAAGCUGCAGCAUGGAGAGAAGAAGUGGACUCGUGAGCGCGCUGAGUUGUUGGAGCGCUUUGACUGGGAGCGACAGGAAUGGAAAGGCACCAUGAGGGAGCUCCACCGCAAGAUGGACAGGAUGCAGAAAGAGUUGAACACCCAGCGAAGUGAAGGUAUUGAUGUCAAAGAUGGCAGCUUUGCCCCCGGAGGUGUCUUUUCUCCCCAGGACAGUCCCUGCAAUGUGCCUCACUCUCCACGCGCCCCCUGUACGUCCACACUCCCCCUGGCCCCUCCCACACGCUCUCACUCAGACUCUGAGGCAAUGCUUGAGGAACAAGGGGCCGCACUGAGGCUUAAAGGUCUGACGGAAAACCUGUUCCUGGACGCACUGUCCUUGGACCCCCUCAGUGGCCUGGAGGUGCCACCACCCUCCAGACUUGAGAGUGAGAAGAGGUUUCCCUGCAUGAAGGAGGCUCUGAAUGAGAUUUCGGAGAGAGAAGGUACUCCUGCGUACCCAGAGGAGGAGAUGAGCAGUGGCAGUCUGCUCAGAGCUAAGUCGGUGUGCUCCAUGAGUGACUUCCAGAGGCUAAUGGACAGCUCGCCAUUCCUCCCCGACAAAACUCGUCACGGGGAUCGGGCCCAAGACGACAUCACUCCACCUCUGUCCCCAGAUGACCUCAAGUACAUCGAGGAGUUCAACAAUAAGGGCUGGGACUUCCCAUCAGUCACCUCUGGCUCAGGUCCCGCCCAGGAGGCUUGGACGGAAAAAACCUCUGAUGUACAAGGAGGGGAACCCAUUCCUGAACCAUUCCAGCCACCUUCCUGGUUCCUCACCACCAGCGCCACAUUGACCACCAGCACCCUGAGCAGCCCUGAGCACUGCCACAAGUCCCCACUGAAGGGCAAUGGAGCAGGGUCUGCGGGGGUGGGAGCGGAGCGCUAUGGAGGGCACAUCCUCCACAGCCCCACCAGAUCUGGGGCAGUAGAACACCCCACUGCCCAAGACCCAGAAUUCCUGUAUGCCAAGGGGACCAAAGCUACAGGUGGCAGUGAAGCUGGGGUGGGAGCCAGUGGUCCAGAUGAGGUGUUUAGCAGCGGGAGGUGGUCAUGUGGACUUUUGGAGAGUGGGGGGCUAAUAACUUCUCCCAGUCAAUCUCCUAUCUGCCCCACAGUGGCCUAUGCCUCCUCUCUAGAGCUUCAGCUCUCCAGAAACAUGAGUGAUGACAUGAAGGAGGUAGCCAUCUCUGUGAGAAAUGCCAUCCGCUCUCCACAGGGGCCUGUCGUCCGAGACACUGCCUGUCAGACCAACGGACUCACCACGCGAGGCACUCAGACCACACAGACAAUCAGCGUGGGUCUGCAGACAGACCUGCUGCGGAACCUGACCAGCAGCCCCCAUCGCUGCCUCACACCCAAAGGUGGCGGUACACCCAUCUCUUCCCCGUCACGCAGCCUCAGGAAGGUUCAGUACUCUCCUGUGAUCCAGAGUAAGUUUGAACGACCCUGCUGCUCGCCAAAGUACGGCUCACCCAAACUUCAGCGCAAACUCUCUACAAAUAAUAAACCGGAGCUGCCGAACACGAGCCGCGCUCCCACUCCCACCACACCGCAGAAGAGCAGCAGUGAGUCUGCAUGGGCUCGCUCUACCACCACGCGCGACAGUCCCGUCCACACCACCAUCAACGACGGUCUCUCCAGCCUCUUCAAUAUCAUCGACCACACACCUGUUGUUUAUGACUCCAUUCAGAAAUUCAACAAGUCUCCCAGUCGCUCACGCCCCAUGUCCGAGCCCAGCCAAACUCAAGCCGCUCUCACCACAGACCGAAACAUGCAGGAGUGUUCAAGGACAGUUCGAGGGCGUUCCCCCAGCCCCGUGCAGCUGAUCGUGGAGACUCAGGGGGACAAAAAUCCAGAGCUAGUGAGCGUACGGCAGGACCUGUCCGCCCCGCCGGGCUACACGCUGGCUGAAAACGCAGCCCGCAUCCUCAAUAAGAAGCUGCAGGAGCAGAACAUCAGAGAGGAGAGGAGGCUGCAGGCUGGAGGACAGAGCAACCAGCACAGCAAGGACAGCAGCAAGCAGGCCGACUCAGACAGAGGACAAUCUUCAUGUGUGGAGAUUGAAAGCACUGACUGAUGCAAUGGUAAUGUUAAAGUAUUUAACACUCCUUAGUAACACUGUACUUGAUUUCACACCUGUUUACAGCUGCUUUUUCUUCUGCUUGGUCUUUAGUCCGUGUAUUUUUCUCUCCGCUGUCAUGACCUUCUUGUAGUUUGGCUUUUCAUUUCUGUGCAUUUAUCAUCAACAAAGCCGGAGCCAUGGUCAUGAUUCAUGAGUAUAACUGUAGACGUGAAAUGACUGAAAAUGGAAUCAAAGUUGUGUCAUGAAUUAUUAUCAGCUCCCUCUAUUUUCCCAGUUUUAAGUAAGUCCUCCUAUUGAAACAAAAUAAACCAAGAAAAGCUCUUGUUUUUUCAAACGCAUUGAGCUGACAUGUGGGGAGAAGAAGGAGGUUCACUCAGAGAGCACAGACCUCUGCCAAGGCUUAUACACUCACACAGCAUCUUUACCUGCUUAUCCCUGUUACCAUCUUACAUAAACAUAACAACAUUCAUCCUGAUCUUUUAAGAUGUCGCUGAGGUAUACACAUCUGAGGUAUACACUGAACCAUGUCACAUUUAAAUCGCUGCCAAAUCUUUAAUCUGGAUCACAUGGGUGAUCUUAGUCUCUGAUCCUGUAUACACAAACUAAAUUUCUAUGAUUUUUUGAUUUUGAUUAUUAUAAGAGAUAGGGAUUUCUUGAAGAUGUGAAAAAAAUGGUGACAUCAUCAGUGGGUAGAUUCUUUCUUAUGUGAACAUACUUCACCUACCCAUCACAAACAAUUCACAUUGAUGUGUCAAAAAGUGAACAGGAAGUUGCGAACAGAAGAAUGAACCCAGCUAGACAAGUAGAACAUGUUGCAUUAAGCUGUACAUUAAAUACAAAUGAAAGGUGACAGGAAAGAAUAGAGCAUAACAGGUUUACAACCUUUCAUUAACAGGUCAUACAAAACAGAAUAGAAUCUAUAGAUAAUUAGCUUGUUUAGCUUAGCAUAAAGACAUCUCUGUUACUCACUGAUUAACUGAUUAAACACUGAUGCUGUUUAAAAUUGUUUAUCUAAUAUAAAUCUGUACAAAUUAUACCAGAGGGUAACAAAUGAUUAAAGUUGAAUCAAUCAUGA